AUGAGAAUAUGUGGUCCAACACCAGCUUUGACUAUCUUCGUCGCUUACGCUCCAACAUCAAGCUACGAAGAAGAAGUCGAAGCUUUCUAUAUGGACCUAGAUAAGUUCUACCGAGAAGAUCAUGAUUUCUACAAGGUCAUAAUUGGCGAUUUCAACGCCAAAGUUGGCCCAAGAAGAACGCCUGAGCAACUCCACAUCGGGACCUACAGCCUGCAAUGGAAUGAACAGGGGGAGAGGCUCUCCGAGUUCAUCAUGACGACUAAGACCAUCCAUGGGAACUCGCAAUUCCAGAAGCCUUCCUCUCUACGCUGGACGUGGGAGUCACCCGGUGGAGGGUACCGUAAUGAAAUAGACCACACCAUCGUCGAUAAAAGGUUCUGCCUGACGGAUGUCGCCGUUGUACCAAAGUUCUAUACGGGAUCGGGCUAUCGCCUCCUUCGAGGAAAAUUUUCCUUCACAAGAAGAGCAGAGAAAGCCGCCAAGUACAGAGAGAGAAAUCCCAGGACUACCAUCAACUGGGAUCUCUUCGCUACGCUAGCCGGCUUUUGGGAAGAUUCCGCAAUGGACAACAUCGACGAAGAAUAUGACCGGCUUGUUGAACACCUUGACGACUGCGCGAAGAAGGCUGAGAGUUUUAAAACCACCAAGAGACGCCUGUCUCUUGAAACUCUUGAGCUGAUACGCCAGCGUGGGGCAGCACGAGCCGCAGGGAACCAAGAACUCACGUCCGUGCUCGCAAGGUUUUGCAGAGAGGCGAUAAAGGAAGACCUUAAAGAGAGAAGAGCAGAAGUGCUGGCUGAAGCUGCAGAGGCGAGGAAAAGCAUCCGCUAUGCCCGUCCAGACUUCGCCAGUCGCAAGACGAGGAUGACUGCUCUCCGGAUCCCAAAGGGAACAGCCAUUGCAUUGAGAAGGGGGAUGGAGAAAACCAUCUACGACUUCUACUCUGAUCUCUUCGACAGCCAUGUCCACUUGCCUCCUCACCACCUGAGGGAAGAUGGACAAGUCAUUCCAGAGGUUCUCCCGUCCGAAAUACGACAUGCUAUCAUGUCGGUAAGAAAUCGAACGGCACCCGGUCCCGACAGAAUAAGACCAGAACACCUGAAGAGCCUUCCGCCAGUACUCAUCAACACCCUAGCGAGGCUCUUUACACGUUAUCUGUCGGAAUGCAAGGUUCCUAAACAGUGGAAGACCAGCAAGACCGUGCUGUUGUAUAAAAAGGGAGAUCUACAUGACAUCCGCAACUAUAGCCCAAUCUGCUUACUAUCCGUCAUCUACAAGCUCUUUACAAGAGUGAUCCUUAAUAGGAUUGAAAAAGUCCUGGAUGAAGGACAGCCAUGCGACCAAGCAGGGUUUCGAAAAGGAUUCAGCACGAUUGACCACAUUCACACUGUUUCGAAACUCAUCGAGGUAUCACGAGAGUACAAGAUGCCGCUCCGUCUCACCUUCAUCGACUUGAGGAAAGCCUUCGACUCAGUUGAGACGGAAGCGGUCAUGGAAGCCUUGAACAACCAAGGCGUCCCUACUUAG